AUGAACGCCCCAGACAGAUUCGAACUUUUCCUCUUGGGAGAAGGCGAGAAGAAGAUCGCCGAGACGGUGGUGAACAGCAUCCCCAAUUGCUCCGACUUUCUCAUGAAAAAGGAGGACCACACGAUCGGGAACCUGCUCGCGGAGCAUCUGAAGAAGGAUCCGCAGGUCAUGUUUGCUGCUUACAAGAUUGGACAUCCUAACGUCCCCGAGGUGCUGCUUCGCAUCCAGACCAACGGCGACAUCAACCCCCGCGAGGCGCUCGUCAAGAUCCUCAAACAGCUUGUUGCUGCGUAUGGGCAGUUGGGCAGGGAGUUUCAAAAGGAGUUGGCGCUGAGGCAGUAUGCGGAUCAGGGGGAGGGGGCUGGGGGGGUUUGA